CCGUCGAACCAAGUACCGAGAGGUAAAGCGAAAAAUCAAAACCCCCAACAAGAGAGAGAUGUUCAAACUAUCGAUGCUCCUGGGCCUGGCCCUCAUCCUGGCACCAUCGGUGAUCCAGGCCAAGUCCCUGUGCCGCCGGAGCGGCUACUUCGCCAUAGUGGACAACACGCCGGACUUCUAUGCCUGCCAGGCCACCGGUUUCGGUGGUUUCUCCAUGCGCUUCCUGCGCUGCCCCGCCGGUCUGGUCUUCAGUUCCGCGUCGGCCCAGUGCAUCGCCAGCCCGAUUUCCACAUUUGAGGCCCGCGACGAUAGCAACAUCGAGAGCCCCACCAUUCCACCCACCACUGAGGCUCCUGCAACCACGGAGAAAACAGCAACCAAACAACCCGUAAACAGUGAAACCGCAACCAAUGAACCCGAUACAAAUGAACCCGUCACUGGUGACAGCUCAAGCGAUGUGCCAGAUACCGACACCACCGACGUUACCAACACCAACGACUCCACCGACGUUACCAACACCAACGACUCCACCGACGUUACCAACACCACCGACUCCACCGACGUGACCAACACCACCGACUCCACCGACGUUACCAACACCAACGACUCCACCGACGUGACCAACACCACCGACUCCACCGACUCCACCGACGUUACCAACACCAACGACUCCACCGACGUUACCAACACCACCGACUCCACCGACGUUACCAACACCACCGACUCCACCGACGUUACCAACACCAACGACUCCACCGACGUGACCAACACCACCGACUCCACCGACGUGACCACCACCACCGACAAUGAUUCGGGAAGCACUGUGGAAAGUUAUCCUUGCCCCACCACUGGAUUCUAUCCGUCAAGCAACAGCUGCUCCAGCUUCAUCCUCUGCUUUCACAACGAUGAGAAUAAGCUGCAGUCACAUGUCCUUCAGUGUCCUGGAGGCAUGGAAUUCGAUCCGUUCAAUAGCUUCUGUUCAGUCAAUUACAAUUGCAAUGCCUAAGCAUAAGGAUGUCCAUGGCAGGCGAGGAUCAAGUGGCUAGAAAGGAAUGGGAAGCAAUAAAACCGGUCACUGCGUUUA